CGCGGCGGUGGCUCCAUGCCGCCUCUCUCCCGGCAAGCCCGUCCCCCGCAGCCCCGCCCCCCCGCGCCUGCGCCCGGUCCGGAGCCGCGCGGGAUGGGGGCGGCGGCGCGGCGGGCGCUGCGGGCAGGGCUGGCGCUGGGUGUGCUGGCGCUGCUGCUGCAGGGGCUGCGCGGGUGGCUGGCGGCCAAGCGGUACGAGUUCAGCCCCGCCGAGAUCGCGCAGCUGGCGCGGCACCACGCGGGUUUGGACCAUGAGCUGGCUUUCUCCAAGAUCAUUGUGGAGCUACGGAAAAAGCACCCAGGCCACAUCCUGCCAGAUGAGGACCUGCAGUGGGUGUUUGUGAAUGCAGGCGGAUGGAUGGGCUCUAUGUGCCUCCUGCAUGCCUCGCUCACCGAGUACGUGCUGCUCUUUGGGACAGCUGUUGACACCGGGGGACACUCAGGUCGGUACUGGGCAGAUAUCUCUGACACUGUCAUUUCGGGGACUUUCCGGCAGUGGAAGGAGGGGACCACCAGAAGUGAAAUCUACUAUCCAGGGGAUACCAUCGUCCACCAGGCAGGAGAGGCCACAUCAGUCCAGUGGAGUGCGGGCACCUGGAUGGUGGAGUAUGGCCGGGGCUUCAUCCCCUCCACGCUCGCCUUUGCCCUGGCUGACACUCUCUUCAGCACUCAGGACUUCAUCACUCUCUUCUACACCCUGCGCGUCUAUGCCAAGGGGUUGCUCCUGGAAGCCAAUGCCUUCUUCAGCACCUGGGGCUGCUGAGCCCAGCUUGCCCGGGCACCCUGCUGGGCACAGCUGGCUCCUCUCCUCCCAGCCUUCUUCCCUUUUCCUCCUCCUCCCAGAGCCCAGGCUCUAGCAGAGGUGGCAGGAAACCCCCGGUGCCUCCUCCGGGUUGCUCUAUCCUUCUCCAUGGGCCAGCUGGGUGCCAGGACAGAGGCACCAUUGUGGUCACAGCAAUACAGACCUGUCAGUUCCUGUUACUACCUGCCUUUCCCGUCUUUACAAUUGGAGCCAAGUCCUGCUUUUCCAUCCCUCAGGGCUGGAGUAGCCUUGUGGGGUGUGAACACCACUGCUUGCCCUCAGCGUGCAGUGGGACACGGGCUGGAGCUGGCUGUCCCCAGGCUCUGCAAAAUUUCUGCAGCUCCCCAAGACACCAGGAGGAUGCCACCUUCGGGGCGCAGUGCGUGGGGUGAGGUGGGUUAGAGCACCCACUGUAAAGGUUGGCCAGGAGAUUCUCUUCUCCCUGUCAGGCUGCCAGGGCUGCAGGCAGCGCAGGGUGCUGUGUCCAGCUGGCAGCAUCUCCUGUGGCUCUGUACCUGCUGAUGUGGGCUGGCAGCACACAGUGUCACCCUGGCAAGGGGCAAGAUCUGCACUGGGAACCCCCAGCAGUGAGGGGAUUACCAGCCUCUGUGCUGGAGGUCCCUCUUAGUUCCCUGUGUAUUAUCUGCCCUCGGGGAUAGCCAGGGAUGAAAGAAGGUCCAGUUACCCCACAGUCCCCCUCCCUACAAUCCCCCCUCAAGGGGGAGAGCCACCGUCUGUCGCCUUAACCAAGAGCCCAUUCUGUGUGGCCUCUGGGCUAUGCACGUACCUAGUGUUUGUGGGAUGCCGAGCUGCUACUAACUCAGGAUGGGAUCUCACCCCUCGGAACACUUUCCCUGGCUGUGAGACCCCCUGGGCACAGCCUUCCACAGGAUCCUGGCCACAGAGGGAGUGCUGCAGCCUGGCUGUGGACCCUGCUUGCAGCCCUGCAGCUGGACCCGUGUGGACGCACUGCUUGGUGGAGGGCUUUCACCUCUGCGUUGCUGCCAAACUAUCGUGUGUGUCCCUGACCACCAGGCCUGUAGCAUGUCGCUCUUUCUGCUCCCUGGAUUGUCCUUAUCCUGUUGACUGGCAGCCCUGCAAAUGGGCUGCUUCUUAUUUGUCACCUGAAAAGAAAUAUCAGUAAUAAAAUUGUUCAUCCUACCUUCUUGGGUCCUCGGGAGAGUGUCUAGAGCAUUCUGAGCCCAUGUCCCAGGGACAGUGUUAUAUCCAUCUAGUGCCAGGCUCAGCACUGGUCCUGCUGGCAGCUGGGGACAGCUGAGUGUUCCUGGGCAGCUGGCAUUAUCCCACCUGGGGUCCUGGAAGCCAAGGGUGCAGUGCUGGGCAGGAUCAGGCCUGUCUCAGCUCCUGGGAACGAGCGAGAUAGGCUGCUGAUACUCUUCUCUGCUGUAGUUUCUGGGGACCAAAAGCCUGGGCUGGUGUCAGGGUCCUGCUUCCAUGGGGAAUCCAAGAGUCUAGGGGUGCUCUGUCUUUUUAGGGGACAGUGCUGAUGCUGGAUGUGCAGCCCUGGGGGUGGACAGGCCCAGGUGCAUUGAGUUGGUGGCCCUGUGGAGUUCACACAUGUCCUCUGGUGUGAAAAGGGCUCAGGAGAGAAUUGCAGGAAAUGUAGGCUGAAUGUGUGUGUGUGCGCAAAUGCUGGCAGACAGGUCACAUGCACGUGUAUAUACAAACGCAAGCAAGGAUGGUUUUGUGUUUGUGUCUUGGCAGGGCAGGUAGGCAUCCGUAGGAGUGUGCAUGCAUAGAGGUAGAACAGAUGGGAUGGCACACGUGUGUAUAUAGGUCGAAUAAUUGGGCAUUUGUACAGUCAGAACAAUUGCACGCAUGUCAGUGCUCAGACACAUAUGGGGACGACACUUGUCUAUGUACACGUCUGUAGUCAGAAGAGUCAUUUGCGUGCUUGUGCCUGUGCAGGUGAGAUGCGUGUGCACACGUGUGCACAAUCCUAAUGCACACGUGUGUGUACAGACCAACGCGAUAACUAGGUAUAUGUGUGUGCAUGCCUAUGCGCCCAUGGGCAGACCAUGUGUGCACACACAUGUGUGUGGGCAGGCUGUGUGUGUAUGUGCCUGUGUGUUCCUGUGGGCCACGAGGUCACCCUGGCCCCGUGCUGUGUCCAUUCCCUGGGGUUUAGCAGGGCCCUGUCAAGGAACACAAGCAAUCCCGUGCCGGUCUGCGCAGGAAGGCGCUAACUCAGCAGCUUGUAUCAAUACCGCUCCACUUACAGCGAAGG